AUGGCGUCCAAGACAGCAACCCUCAUCCUCCUUCUGCACACCACAGUCUCCCUCCUAACAUCCUUCAUGAUCCAAUCUUUCUCCAACGCGCAACCAAUCUCCAUCCCCUGGGAACAAUCCAUCCUCUUCUACCUACAACUCCAUUUAUGCGCCACCGUCGUCACAUUCCUUUUCACUUCCCUCCUCAAAUACUGCUUCGCCCGCAAAGACCGCCGAAUGUCGUUCAAACGUCACGUGUUCACAGCCCUCAUUCUCGCCCCCCUAUUAUCCCAAAUAAUAGGGCGUUGGAAAGGCUGGCUAGUGAACGAAGACGACGACCCGAUUGUUUGGACUGCUGCUUGUUAUGACCAGCUUGAUACUCAGGAUCCGAGUGUUAUUUUGAAAAGUGCGUUUUGUGGGCUGAGGUAUGGGGUCAGUAGGAGUAAGGCUGAGUGGUGGAUUGGCAGGAGAAGAGAGAGGGUCGGGUAUGUAGAGAUGCUGGCGAAGGUUUGCCAGGAGGGUCUGAGGGAUAUGGGGUAUAGUAGGGGUUUGGAUGGGGGUGUUUGCUGGAUUGGAGGGCAGGAUGAGUGGAGUGAAGGGGAGGCGAGUGAGAGGGAGUGGUAUAGGAGGGGGUUUGAGGAGUGUCAUGGGAGGUUUGGGGUUGAUGCUAGGUUGGAAUGGAGGGGUGAACAACCUCUCAUCAAAUACAGGAUGCCAGCAAUCGAAGGCUCAAAGUUCAACGGCGAAUACAUGGAGAUGGCUCUUGAUCCGUCACAAUUUACAAUUUAA